ACAAGUUCCCUAUUUUUAUUGAAGACGUUUCCAAUGCCAAUUUUGCUUUCAAAAUCGAAUAGUAAACUUAAGGCCAUCGCGUAUAUGCACAAAACAAAAUACAAAAAAAUGGACAACUGGAAAUAUGUGGCGAUCUAUUUCGUCGUUAGAGUACUGCCUUUAAUUACCGCCGUGACGACGAGAGGAAUUGUUUCUCUAGAUGAUUUGACAUUUUACAAGGUCUUAUGCCAUCACACAGUGUGUGUUGUCAAAUUUGACAAAAAGUAUGCAUAUGGUGCUCAGGAGAAUGAAUUCCAAAAAUUUGCUUUGCGAGUGGCUUCAAACAAGGAUGUUUUAAUAGCAGAGCUUGGCACAACUGAUUGGGGUGAAAAAGAGAACCAUGCAACACGUCAAAAAUUUAAUAUUUCCACCACAAAGUAUCCAGUGUUAAGGAUGUUUUUCAAAGAUAAUCUAGAUACCGAUAUAAUUUAUAAUGGUGAAUUUAAAGAAGAACGUCUUGUUAAAUGGCUAAAGAAACAUUCAAAUUUAUUCAUAGGUAGCGGGACUCCUUUGGAGGUAUUUGAAGAAUUGGCUAAAGAAUUAAUCAAGUUGAUACUAAUUAAACAAGACAUUCAAGAUGGCUGCAAUGUUAUCAUAAAGAAAGCAGAAGACGAACUGACAAAUGUUCAAGACGAAAAUAACAAAAAUUUAGCUGGUCUAUUUUUGAAAAUUAUGACAAAGAUUUGCAACAAAGGUGUUGAGUAUAUAUCUGCUGAAAUGAUUCGAGUUAAAAAACUGUUGAAAGAAAAAAUGCUGGAAGAAAAACGUGGAAAACUAGAAACGAAAGUCAAAGUGUUAAAAAUGUUUAAAAAUAUUUUAGCUCACGUGACUACUAUUCACUGAUUGGUUUAAAUGCAGUUGAUCUGUUAACAAACAACAAUGAAAAUUGUGAUUUGAAAUUUUACAAAAGUCGGUACUAAAAUUAGUGUUACAUCUUUAAAUCUAUUUUUCCGGCAAUAAAUUUCUACCUUGUACCGAAUUCGUAAAUUUUUACAAGGAAGAUAUUUGAAGCCAUCUGACGAUCAACAAAUUGCAAGAUUUUCAAUGUCUUUCAUUUUUUAACUCGAAUUUCUCUGUCCAAUGAUUGCGAGUUAAUUUUCUCUAUUUUCCACUCGAAUUAUUUCUUCUUUUCUCUAAAAAAAUAUUUUCGACUUAACACGUGUUUCAACUGUUAACUCGCAAAAUUGAAAAAGUGAAUUAAUAUAUAGACAGGGUUCUUGUUGAAGGUAAUUUUAAGGGAUAACACAGAGGUCUGACCCCGUAAGUAUUUCGAAAAUUUCCCGUAAAUUUAAUCCAGACCUAACCAAAAACAAAAUUUAUUGCCUCUUUAUUGCCUUAAACCCAAGAAAAAUUUGCUAAUUAACUAUGAAAAGGCAGACAUAUAAAGAAUUUAUUGAAAAAAAGUAUGUUACUUAUAUAAAAAAGAAGUGUAUGUCGAUUCUUCUCUUUUUUACCUUUAAAUGAAGCAGUGUUUUAAUUCAAAUGUUUUAAAAUAGUAUUUCUAUGUUACUACUAAUCUUACGCGUUAAACGUGAGAAGCCAGUCAGAACGAUAACAUAUUUAUAUUUGAUGCUAUAGAAUGCAUGCUGCUUGGUAAAGGCAUAAAUUCAUGAUCAGGGCUUUGUGACUUGUCAAUAAUUACUAAAUUUGGUGCAAAAUGUUUUGUACAUGCGUGCGCACAAUAAUUUUUUUUCCCGUAUUAUCUUCUACAAUAUGUCAAAUAUUAAGUUAGGUUGGUUUCUUUUAAUGUAUAUAAUUUUUAUAGUUUGCAAUUUUUAUUAUCCAUAUUUUAACCUUUAGAUUUUUCAGCAGAAAUUUUAUGACAGCGCUUUUUCUAUGGCCACAUAUAUAUGCAGUAGUUUUUCUUUCAUGUUAAUCAUUUUUUUAUUACAUAACAUGUUAUGUUUGCACGAAGCUAGCCUUCAGUUGCAAAACUUUAUUAUAUAAUAUAUUUUUAUAUCUUA